AUGAUGAUCUCGGAGGAAUCAGAUUCAUUAAGUACUAUUCCAUCUGAUGGCCAUCCCGAAGACACAUCAGCUUCAGGUACAGAAGAGGCACCUUCCUCUAUGGUGUCAAGUGAAGCAGAAUCAGAGAGCAGUGUACUAUCAGAGCCGCAGCGCCAUGAGCAGGCUGAUAUUCAGCACAGAAUAGACAUGGUCACAGCAAAUCUGCAAGACAUAACCUCACCUGUUGAUCAACGCAGCACUGUAACUUCAUCUGUUACUGGCAGAGCCUCAAUGUUGCCAUGGGGCCCAUCGAAGGGGCCGUCGACGUCGGCGGACUCCGAUAUGAGACCGGGAGAGUUUGUGAUGAGAUUACUAUUCACAGAAUUCACAGUACAAGCCGAAAGGAAAAUGGAAGCUGUCAUGGCAGAGCCACUGGAAAAGCCUCUAAACAAAACAUUACAACGGGGCGAAGAUCCCCAACUCGAUCAGAUUCUGUCGGCGUUCGGUACGGUAGCCGAGCAUUGUCUGCCCUCGUUGCUGCGAGCGCUCUUCGGCUGGCUCGAAAGGCAAAUGGCCGACUCUCCCCAGCUCACUGAACAAACAAAGAAACCUCAAGAUCUCAGAAACAAGAGCAUCAUCUACAUAGUGUCGGGAAGCGGCGCUGGCACCGAACAAGUGGAGAGGAGUUGCGAGGAGCUUCACGCCGAGAGAAGAGAUCUCGCCGUGGAAUUCCUCUUCUGCCUAGCUCUUAUCGAGGUGCUGAAGCAGCUGCCGUUUCAUCCGGGCCACGAGGACCUCGUCAACUAUAUAGAGAAUGUUGCCUUCAAGCGGUUCAACUACAAGGAAGGGCUUCAGUCCAACCCAAACGCGGCCAAUGUCCACAUAAUAGCAGAUCUUUACGCAGAAGUAAUAGGUGUUUUGGCCCAAUCUCGCUUUGCUUCGGUGCGCAAGCGAUUUACGGCGGAUCUCAAGGAACUAAAAAGCCGUGAACAAUCGCCGCAGACGACGCAGAGCAUUAUCUCCUUGCUGAUGGGUAUGAAGUUCUUCCGAGUGAAGAUGGUUCCGAUAGAAGAGUUUGAGGCCUCCUUUCAGUUCCUCACUGAAUGUGCCCAGUACUUCCUCGAAGUCAAGGAUAAAGAUAUAAGGCAUGCCCUAGCCGGCCUAUUCGUUGAAAUUCUUGUACCGGUCGCAGCGACCGUUAAGAACGAAGUCAACGUCCCCUGUCUCAAGAAUUUCGUGGAGAUGCUCUACAGUCACACCUUGGACGCGAGCACCAAGUCGAAACAUCGGCUGGCCUUAUUUCCCCUGGUCACUUGCCUGCUCUGCGUUUCCCAGAAGCAAUUCUUCCUCGCGAACUGGCAUUGCUUCCUCGCCAUGUGUCUCUCGCACCUCAAGAAUAGAGAUCCAAAGAUGUGCCGAGUCGCGUUAGAGUCGCUGUAUCGUCUCCUCUGGGUGUACAUGAUCCGUAUAAAGUGCGAAAGCAAUUCCGCGACCCAAUCCCGGCUUCAAAGUAUCGUAAACUCGCUGUUCCCGAAAGGUUCCAAAGGCGUGGUUCCGCGCGACACCCCACUCAACAUAUUCGUGAAAAUUAUCCAGUUCAUCGCUCAAGAGAGGCUAGACUUUGCGAUGCGGGAGAUAGUCUUCGACCUGCUCAUGGUCGGACGUCCGAUUAAAAUAAUCCUCACUCCUGAGAGAAUGUCUAUCGGCCUGCGAGCGUUUCUCGUGGUGGCGGAUAGCUUGCAGCAAAAGGAGGGCGAACCGCCGAUGCCCAGGACUUCGGGGACCCUUCCCUCGGGAAACACCUUGAGAGUGAAGAAGACCUUCUUAAACAAAAUGUUGACGGACGAAACGGCUCAGUCGAUCGGGAUGAGCGCGUAUUUUCCGUACGUGAGGCGCGUGCUCGUCGAGAUAUUGAGGGCGUUGGACGCCCACUACGGCAGACCCCUCAUGCUGACGAACACACAGAACGUGACAAAGGAGCAAGAGAUCAAUACGGGAGAGAGGAAGCCGAGAAUCGAUCUGUUUAGGACCUGUGUGGCAGCCAUUCCUCGGCUGAUACCGGAGGGCAUGAGCCCCAAUGAGCUGGUGGACCUCCUCUGCAGAUUGACAGUUCACAUGGACGAAGAGCUCAGGGGACUCUCGUUCCAGAGUCUUCAGACUCUCAUCGUGGACUUCCCCGAAUGGCGGCAAGACGUACUGGCCGGCUUCACUCAGUUUCUGGCUAAAGAAGUACAGGACACCACACCCCAGCUGGUCGAGAACGGUCUAAGGAUGCUUUUGCAAUUGAUAACGAGCUGGAAGAACGGCGAACCGCCGACUACCGUCCCCGCGAAGACCGAGUCGCUCGCCUCCGUCAUUCGAGCCGUCGAAGCUCUAGGACUGGUGAUGCUCUGUCAGUGCAAAGCUUAUCCGAGGAGGCUGGCCGUGCACAUUCUGAGGGAAUGCAAGAGCCUCUUGGAGCGACUUCAGUUGACUCGCGAUGAGCCAGCUCUCAUCGACGCCGCAGACGCUCACGUCCCGCACUUCACGGACAAGUGUUUGGGGGCUCUGCCUCCGGCCGAGAAGCAGGCCGCGUUGGCCGCCGCCCAACCGGACCUCGUGUGGCUCGUGGAGAGGACGCACCCCGUGUGGACAUGUGGUCUUCAGCAUGAUGAGACAUCAUCAAAGAACAGUUGGAGCGGCAGUUCUACCAAUGGAGCUGAUCCUUGGGAGGUAGUGCUGUACGGACUGCUCGAAAAGAACCGAGUUCCAGCCAAAUGCCCUACGACCGUCCUUCAAGCUUGGCCCAUUCUUCAUGCCAGGAUUCAUGCGCUCUAUACGAUUAUCGAGCCGGCCCCUGUCAACGACAACCGGGCGUCGCUCUUGUCUCGUUCGCCGGCUUUGCCGCGGAAGCCUGAAAAAGAAAGAGACGGCUAUAUGCAAGUAUGGAAGUAUUACCUCACUAUGGCCUACCUCGUGGUACCGGCAGUCCCGAGUCCGGUCGUCCGCUGCGCAAGUCCAGAUCUAAGCCUCAGCACGGAGGGUGAAGCAUGGCUCGGCCCUCACCUGACCUCAUCGAACGAGAGCCUCAACGCGCCAGUCGGUUUCUUCACGCUGCCGUUGAGCUAUGCGCGCGCGCACAGGCACCACAAGCGAACGAGUUCGUCUCCGGAUUCGCUGAGCGAGCGGAGUGGUGCUGAGACACGUGGUGCCGCGGCGGUUCCGAGCUCACUUCACAAAUUGGCCGUGCCGCUCGCACGCUGCGAGGUGGCUGAAGUCAGAGACGCGGCUGUCGAUGCCUGUGGACACAUCAAUCCUGAUGCACUGAAGGAUCUCUUUGAGGAACUCGUUCCGUUGCUACGCGAGGCAGUCGACCGUAAGCAAGAAAAUAUGCGUCGGCGCAGAAGACGCGACGCUUUGAGACUUCAUCUCAACAAGAUGCUACUUAUCAUUGCCCAGAGGAAAACAUUUGCGAUCAGCCCUUUCGCGGUAGAAGGCGGAGGUCUACACCCCGCCCUAACCGAAUAUUUAGAAGGAGUGCGUCAGAGCCUCGAAGUGGAGGCCGAAAAAGAUGCACCAGCUGCGAGAGAACAGAGGCUCACCUUCGCUGAAUUCGUCACUGAACUUAUCAAGAGCUUUCCACUGGAGAUGUAUAGUACGUUGGUGAAACGCGAGUUAUGCAAGUCACUCUUUUCGCUGUUUGCUGGUUGGUGUGGACCACUUGUGAAGCAUCUUGGGACGUUGGUUCCGCAACCGGCCACGCCUGAAGUCGAUGAGAGAUUAAAUCGAGCUGCACUUAAAGCAAUGAGUGCACUAGUGUGUUGCGGCCCUUGCUUCGCUCCGACUGCACUGGCUGAAGAUGGGUCUUUAUAUCCGUGGCUCAGCGAAAUGCUUUCGUCAACUAAUGAUAAGAUAUAUGAACUGGCGCGUGAAACAAUAGUCCUGCUAUUGGAAUGUAACCCUGACAUUGGGCCCUUAUUGGACUGGACUGUGGACAAAUGCUUCACUGGAGCUCCUAGAGUUGCUGACGGAUGCUUCAUGGCACUCGCUACCAUCUUCAGUGCAAGGGAGUACCCCUGCGAUCAUUACACAGCUAUCAUUAAUGUGACACUUAUGUGUACCGGCUGUCCGCGAGCCCCUGUCCACGAGAGUGCCUUACAACUUUUACAACUACUAGAUAAGCGGUUCUUCGGCACUGUUGGACCAUUGCCCGUCGAAGAUGAUAAUGGUGAGUUUUUUUUAUAA